CAUGGAUCCGCUAUAAUUUUCCUUGAGUAGGGUAUCAAGUUACCAAAGCAGAUGCAUUCUACCAGUUGGAACAUGGAACACAAUGGAUAACAGAGGAAGAAAUCCAGAGUCAGAUUCAUCCAGGAUUCCAUUCCUUCUACUUCAUGGUCAUUGUGGCUCAUUGGUCUCCUUUAUAGAAGACACCUGGCAAGUUGAUUGUCAUACAGACAGACACCAAGAAAAUCAAGGCAACCUUAGAACUAUGGAGAGUCACCACAAAAAUAAUGCAUUUAGAAAAAUAUUGUCUCUGAGCCUAAACUUUGAUGUCCCUUUAGCACAAAGAUCCCGUACAUUUGACAUACUUGGGAAACAUUUGAAACCUAAUGUAGAGUACAUUAUUCAGAAUAAAAGCUAUGCAAGAAAUGAAGUUGAAUUUAAUGGAUAUGAUGGCUAUGAUGAAAUAUUUCUUUAUGCUAAGCAUGAGAAAAUUCAUACUGGAGAAAAAUAUAAUAAAUAUAAUAAGCACUUAAAGGUUUUCAGCCAUAAGCCACAGCUUAUUAAACACUGGAAAACUCAAACAGGAGAGAAACAGUGUAACUGCUGUGACUGCGGGAAAGCCUUUUCCCAGAAGUCAGACCUCAUUAAGCAUCAGCGAACACACACCAGAGAGAAACCCUAUGGUUGCAGCAGGUGUGAGAAAGCCUUUAGUUGGAAGUCCCAUCUCAUUUUACACCAGAGAACCCAUACAGGAGAGAAACCUUAUGGAUGCAAUAAAUGUGGGAAAGCUUUUACUGAUAAGUCAUGCCUUAAUAAACAUCAGAGAACUCACACAGGGGAGAAACAGUUUGAAUGUUGUAUAUGUCAGAAAAGCUUCAGCGAUAAGUCACAGCUCAUUAUUCAUCAGAGAUCUCACACGGGAGAGAAACCCUAUGGCUGUGAUGAAUGUGGGGAAACAUUCCCCCUAAGGUUUAGCCUCAUUUUACAUAAAAAAACUCACACAGGGGAAAAACCUUACGGAUGCAAUGAAUGUGGAAAAGCCUUCAUCCAGAGAUCUGAGCUCAUUAGACAUCAGAGAACACACACAGGAGAGAAACCUUAUCAUUGCAGUGAAUGUGGAAAAGGCUUUAGUGUAAAGUCACUCCUCAAUACUCACCGGAGAACACAUACGGGAGAGAAACCCUAUGGGUGCAGUGAAUGUGGAAAAACGUUCUCCAAGUUUAGCCUCAUCCUACACCAAAGAACACAUACGGGUGAGAAACCUUAUGAAUGCAGUCAGUGUCAGAAAGCUUUCACCCAAAAGUCACACCUCACUAUUCAUCAGAGGUCUCACACCGGAGAGAAGCCUUAUGAAUGCAGUGAAUGCCACAAAGCCUUCAGCCGGAAAUCCUAUCUCCUUAUUCAUCAGAGAAUUCACUCGGGAGAGAAACCUUAUGAAUGCCUCUAG